UGUGGACGUACGUGCGAUCCCACCAGCGCGCGCGCACGCUGCGCAUCCCCGCUCCAGCGACUAUAAAAGACCAAGCCCAAACCUGCCGCGCGCUAUUACAACAGUGACUCUGUGAUUUUUCCCGCCGUGUAUUUAUUUAAACCAACAAUAAAGAUGCAGGUGUGGUUGUUGGUGGCGUGCGCAGCUGCGCUUGCGACUGUCGCGGUCGCACAGGCACAGAAACCUGGACGUUUCCUCUCAUUACCCAACCCCCAGAAAUGCGCUAGCAGACCAAAAGAGUUCUUCUACAGAGGUCACAACUACUUCUACAGCGGCCAUGUUCCCACUCUCGCCAACAGGAAGGUAGACUGGCUAGAUGGACGCAACAUCUGCCGCGAGUACUGCAUGGACCUCGUCUCCAUGGAGACGCAAGAAGAAAAUAAUCUGAUCUUCAAGCUCAUCCAGCAAAAUGAUGUGCCUUACAUCUGGACGUCGGGUCGCCUCUGUGACUUCAAGGGCUGUGAAAACCGCAAGGAUCUUGAGCCUAAGAACGUCUUCGGAUGGUUCUGGUCCGCCAACCGUGAAAAGCUGGCGCCCACCACCCAGAUCCCCAACGGCUGGGGCUACAACCCCUGGUCCCAGACCGGCCACAAGAAGCAGCGUCAGCCCGACAACGCUGAGUUCGACAUCAACGGCACCUCCGAGUCCUGUCUGUCAGUUCUCAACAACGUCUACAACGACGGUAUCGCGUGGCACGACGUCGCCUGCUACCACGAGAAGCCCGUCGUCUGCGAGGACUCCGACGAACUCCUCAACUACGUCGCCAGCACCAACCCCGGCCUCCGUCUGUGAUCCCCCUAACUUUAGAACACCAAACAUUACAGUGAUCAUACUCAAAAGUUUACCCCCGACUUCGUGUUCCACGAUGUCCUGACACUAGAUCAAAAUAACUAGUGUCAUCAUCAGACGAAUUUAAAAUUUACUUUAGUAUAGCGUUCGGUUCUAACUACACUCUGUAGAAUGCACAUCGUACUACAUCGUAUUUAUUAAGCACCAGCACAUUUAAGGACUUGCCAUAACUCCUACAUUCGGGAUCUCCCCACACUGCCCGUCCGUCGUACAAACUCUGUACAGUAUCAUAAUUUAAGACUUAAGUAAGUUUAUUUUACCUAAGGGAAUUUCUAUUUGUACAUAAAAAUAAAUAAAUAAGAAAAAAAUUCAA